AUGAACUUUCCAGGAACCACAUCCGCAGUUGGCGGCGCAGCCGCACCGCCUGGGAUCGGCGGACCCCAAGAUCCAAAUAUCAAGGCUGUCCAAGCUGCGAUGGAGUCUUGUUUUGGAAAAUCGGUCAUGUCUGGAGUGAUGGGUUUCGGCAUGGGCGGCCUAUUCGGAAUGUUCAUGGCCUCGAUGUCCUACGAUACACCCUACCACACAGCCGCGCCCGGCAGCCCGCAAAACACAAUCACGUCGCUUCCCCUCAAGCAGCAACUCAAGAUUGGCUUUAAAGACAUGGGUGUGCGAUCGUGGGGGAUGGCGAAGAACUUCGGCAAGGUCGGUGCGCUGUACUCGGGCGUCGAGUGCGGUAUUGAAGGCUUGCGAGCAAGGAACGACCUCACCAACAGUGUCGCGGCGGGAUGUGUGACGGGUGGCAUUCUGGCCAAGAAUGCUGGUCCUCAAGCUGCUGCUGGCGGUUGCUUGGCGUUUGCGGCGUUCAGUGCGGCUAUUGAUGCGUACAUGCGGUCGCCACCCAAGGACGACUAA